AUGGACGACGGACUCUCAAAAGUGAUGCAGGCAAUGUCUUUGGAGGAGGAUGAACCAGUUCUGCUUACGGACGAUGAGGACUACAGCGCUGCUAUUCGGAAUGAGAAAAGUCUUAUUGGGAGAUUACUUAACCCUGAAUGCCAAAACAUGGCAAGAAUGCUCCGUACGAUGCCAAAGAUUUGGAGAAUCUAUGAUCGGGUCCGAGGAAUAGCUCUCUCUAAAGAAAGUUUCCAGUUCAUCUUUGAUCUUGAAACAGAUCUUCAGACGGUACUGAAACAAGGGUUCUGGACCUUUGAUGAUUGGGGGAUGGUUAUGGAUCGUUGGAUGGAAUUUCCUCCAUCAGAUUUUCUACAAAUGGCAUCAGUCUGGAUUCGUAUCCUCAAGCUACCGGUGAAUUACCUGACCUUGAAAACCAUAAGGGCUAUCUCGCACCCGAUUGGUCAUGUUAAGGAUAUCGAAUUCGAUCCGUUGAAGCCGCACCUGCAAGAGUAUGUUCGAGUCAGAGUGAUCAUUGACCUACAGCAGCCUGUGAGAGAUACAAAAUCAGUUAAUCUUGCUAAAGGUGGCAGUUUCAAGGUGGAUGUGGAAUAUGAAAGAAUAAGGAAGAAGUGCUUUCACUGCUUUGGUCUAUCACACGAGAAACAUAGAUGCCCUUUGUUGAAGGGAGUGAAGAACAGAGGGAUGUCAUCGUCGGACAAAGGAAAAGAAGUGAUGGUUCCUCCUGUGAUUCAUCGGAAACAUCACACUGACUUGGUGGACACAUUAAUGCCGUUAUUGUCUCAAUCUGUGCCGCCUGGUUUUGCGCCUCGUUCGGUUGUGGCUCCUGAAGUCUUUGAGGAGAUGCAGUUAUAUAUGAACUGCACUGACCCUGAGGAACGCCGCAUAAGAGAGUUCAGAAUGAAGGAGGUUUUACGUGUUUUAUCCUCUAACCCAGGGGCUCAAAGCUCAUACCUUCGUAUGGAGGAACAGCCAAGGAUCUCUGCAGUUCAGAACAGUAUGCUAGGCAGAGUCUUUGACUUUCACACGGUAGAGAUUGAAAGUGAGAAACCAUUGACAGAAGAAGGAGAUAUCAAUAAUACACAUGACGGUGAAGAGAGUACUGAGGUCACAAAAACCAAUCAACAUGUGGGUGACGUAAGGAAGGAGAAUCCACAGGAGCAUAGAACCUCAAUGGUAUCAAGUCAAAACCUUCUUAUAGGCCAUCAUCGGGAGACUGUCGAAGAUUCUGGGGAUUAUCAACCACCAAAAACAGGAGCACUCUUUAAUAUGGGUCAUGAUCACCGCUCGAUCUUUGGUGCUAGUGGAAGAAGUCAUUCCUCAACGCGUAAAGGAUCAUCCUGGAAAAGGUUUAAGCAGACCUCAAAUAGAACAAGAAGGUCUUCUAAGGCAUAUCAUAACUCACAGGAACAGAAUGAGACAGACAGUAGCGUGAAGAGGAAGUCAAGGGAGGAAAUGGAGGGAACGUCGAAAUUCUCCAAACAUGCUGAAGGUUUGAUGGUUCACCAGAAACCAUCCAGUUCUCAAUGA